AAUGAAAAAACCAUAGGGUAAUUGAAAAAAAUUAUGGAGAUAAGUGAUUCAAAAAUAGGGAAUUUUUAAACUUUUCCUUUUCUUCUAUUCAUUGCUUAGUUUCACACUUUGUUUGUGGUUGAUGAUGAAAAAGUAGUCACGGAAACAAUCUUGUGUUUUGUAAUCUCAAACUGUUAUUGAUUUCUCCCAUUAUCACCGCUUUCAAAGGAACUCAAGAGCGAGAGUUCUUCCCCAAAACCCUAAUGUCAUUUCUUGAAGAAUUUCAAGCCAAUUUGGAUUCACUACCUGUUAUUCUUCAGAAGAAGUAUGCCUUGUUGCGUGACCUAGAUAAGAGUUUACAGGAUAAUCAAAGGCAAAAUGAACAGCGCUGUGAACAAGAAAUUGAAGAUAUUAGGCGAGGAGUUAGAUCUGGAAACAUCACACCUAAUACUUCAGUUAUUAGAUUCUCUGAUGAAGCGCUUGAUGAGCAAAAGCAUAGCAUCAGAAUUGCUGAUGAAAAAGUUGCCUUGGCUGUCCAGGCAUAUGAUUUGGUUGAUACACACAUACAACAACUUGAUCAGUAUCUGAAAAAGUUUGAUGAGGAGCUUCGGCGUGAAAGAGAAACCGCUGCAACAGCCGGAAUGCCUGCCCCCGGUCCUGAUGGUAAUACAAAAUCUGGAAGGGGUAAUGAAAGUGGUAGAGGAGGGCGAAAAAAAACACGCCAAACAACAUUGGUCACGGCAACGGCGGCGGCGGCAGCAGCAGCAGAAGCACAAACCACAUCUGCAAACCCGGCUGGCAUGGAUUUAGAUUUACCAGUUGAUCCCAACGAGCCCACAUACUGCUUUUGCAACCAAGUUAGCUAUGGAGAGAUGGUUGCUUGCGAUAACCCCAGUUGCAAAAUAGAGUGGUUUCAUUUUGGUUGUGUUGGUCUGAAAGAACAACCGAAAGGAAAAUGGUACUGUUCAAAUUGUGCGGCAACAAGAAAUCGCCGGAGAGGCAAAUGAGGCUGACCGAAGAGUAAGAUUAAUGUUAAAAUGGCUGAGUGUAUAUCCUUAAUAUUUUUGCAAGGUAGUUAUUUUGUUUGAUGUGCCAGGGCCUUGAAUCUCUGCUUCUAUAGCUGUCAUUGUUCGAUAAUAUUUGAAAUUACAAAUUCCCAAUGACUUACUGUGUCAUUUUAGACUAUGGUACUUGUCUGAGAUCGAAUGGCUCUCUUCUUUGGUGUUGAUCAGGCUUGAAAAAGCGAGAAAAUUAUUGUGUAUCUUUAGUGUACAACAUAGAUUCUGUACUAGUUACAAUUAGCAGUCAUGAGUUAAGACAUUUGGCUGUACUAGUCAGUAGUCAUAGUUAACGGUAAUGCUUUUUUUGUUUGUGUAACAGUUGAAUGUAAGGGUUUGACCAAUUGCAGAAAAAGGCUGUUAAUGAUUUUAAGGGUUCUGAAGGU